UAGAAAGUUAUUUGGAGGCAGAGAGGAAGCACGUGAUGCCGUGUAUGUGUGUGUGUGUUUGAGUGCACCGUUAGAACGGUUUGGGUUUGAGAAGUUUAAGUUGAGUUCGAUAGACCGCACUCUAGGUUUAGACUACAGGGAACAGUGAAGGGGGUGAAAGAAGUGUUUGUGACUGUCAGUGGUGUAGUUGGGGUAUAGAAGUUGGGGGGUGGCCUUGAGUGUGUGUUUGUAUGUGUGUGCGUGCGGGCAGGUGUAUUUGUUUGUAAAUUAGGAAAUGUGUGUGUGAGGAGAAUAUGGGAGAGUUGGGAGAGUUGGAGCUGGAGCUCCUUCAGGGCGCGAAGGAGAAACAUGUCUCUCCUGUAAAGAACUUCGUGGCGGGAGGUGUCGGUGGCGCGUGCCUUCUGUUCGUGGGACACCCGCUAGACACAAUCAAGGUUAGACUUCAGACGCAGCCCAGAGCUCCCAGCCAGCAUGUCCUCUACAAAGGAGCCUAUGACUGCUUCAGAAAGACUGUCUCCAAAGAGGGUUUCCUGGGGCUGUAUAAAGGUAUGGGGGCUCCCCUGGCUGGCGUUGCUCCUAUGAUGGCCAUUAGUUUCUUGGGGUUUGGUUUGGGAAAACAGCUGCUGCAGCCUGAUGCCACUCAGACACUCACGACCAGCCAGCUGUUUCUAUCAGGUUGUCUUGCAGGUGUUUUCACUACAGUGAUCGUGUGUCCAGGUGAAAGGGUGAAGUGCUUACUGCAGGUGCAGGCCUUUGGAGGCCAGCAGGCUGUACGCUAUUCAGGUCCUCUGGACUGUGCUGUGAAGCUCUAUAAAACACAAGGCCUCCGCUCUGUCUACAAAGGGACAGCACUUACACUUAUUCGAGACGUGCCUUCGAACGGUGUGUAUUUUAUGGCCUAUGAUUUCCUAAAACACAAAAUGACAUCUCAGAAUGAAAGUGUGUCUCAGCUCAGUACUCCAGAGGUCCUUGUGUGUGGAGGUAUUGCAGGUGUGUGUAACUGGAUAGUAGGACUCCCACCUGAUGUACUGAAGUCCAACUUCCAGACAGCUCCAGAUGGUCGAUACAGGGGAACAGGUCUGGUAGACGUUCUGAGGGAGCUGCUUCGUGACGAGGGUCCCAGAGCGCUUUAUAAAGGAUUCAACGCUGUGUUCCUCAGAGCUUUUCCAGCCAACGCGGCAUGUUUUCUGGGGUUUGAGUCAGCGUUAAAGUGCCUGAACUGGUUAGCUCCCAACUGGUGAGGUCUCCUGCUGAGGUCUCCUGCUGAGGUCUCCUGCUACAACCUUUCAUAAACUGAUGUUGGACGAUUUCUACAACCUUCGAAAGUAUCAAGAGUUUCUUCUUGACCCUUCAGUUACCUCAGAGUUUCUACAUCCCAAUGUCAGCCUACUUCCUUCACACUUCUGACCAGGGACCAUAGGUUUACAUAGUGACAUGACUUCAUAGUGACCUAUGCCAUUUACUUCAUAGUGACCUAUGCCAUUUACUUCAUAGUGACCUAUGCCAUUUACUUCAUAGUGACCUAUGCCAUUUACUUCAUAGUGACUUAUGUCAUAGGACUUCAUAGUGAACUAUGUCAUAGGACUUCAUAGUGACCUAUGUCAUAGGACUUCAUAGUGAACUAUGUCAUAGGACUUCAUUGUGACCUAUGUCAUAGGACUUCAUAGUGACCUAUGUCAUAGGACUUCAUAGUGACCUAUGUCAUAGGACUUCAUAGGGCUCUGAUCAAAGUAGAAAACUAUAUUGACUAAACCAGUGCUGGUCCUCCUUAACUCCUUACCCGGUUGUUGAUGUGGGUCAUAUUUUUUUUAAAUUAUGGUUCAGUGAUGUUUACAUUGGUUUUUUAUUCUGUCAUUUCAGUCAUUUAGCUGACGGUCGUAUCCAGAGCAACAUACGUUAUUAAAUAAUUUAGUAUCUGCUGUAUAGUUGUUUAAAUUAUAGAAUUUACAGGUGGAAAAUAAUGCAUGAAUCAGCUGUUAUUAGCUAUUUAAUAAGAUGGUAUUAUAUAGAAAGAUGGUGUUUUUUAAGAAGAUAUUUUUACAUUAUUCUGUGAAUUUAUGGCUGUUGUCAACCAAUAAUGGAGCAUUCAUUUUAGUUUUAAUUGUUUUGAAUAAUAGUGACAAAACAUAAGCUUUAAAUUACUCAUGAAAUAACUUAAUUUUCUAUUUUGACUAAUUUAGGUGUUUUGAUGUAUAUUUAAUAUGUAAUAUAAUUUGAUUAGUUUUGACAAGUACAUUGAGGAUCUCUAAACAGGUUGUGCCUGUUUGAACAAUGCUUACUUGAAUAAAGACUUUUUUUGCCAAAUUUAA